AUGUUAGCAAUUGACAAAGUGCUAAAUUACAUGGACAAAUAUCACAUGGACUUAAAUAUUGACGCCAUUUUUGGACUUACUUUAGCAGAAGGGUUAUACACCAACUGGACUUCCACUGACAUCUUGAAAAACCGCGAGGCAUCUUACAAAGGUGUACCGACUGACGUAUGCUUGGAAGAACUUCUAUCAAACUCCAAAAAGUAUUGUUUUGUAAGCCCCUUAUGUAAACAAAUGAUGUUGGGAAUAAGAAACGAUACAGGAUACCUUUUGACACAUAGAUUACUCUAUAUGCAGUUAUUACAGCUUAUAGACUGCCAAAUCCCGAAUAUUUCUAUUGAAGGUUAUAUUAGAGGCUUCUGCUCACUAAUAUAUAAGGAACUAAAAACCAGUGCUCAUCUAAACUACCCAUAUCAUGACAAGUUUUUGGAACAAAUUUUGCUUUGUGGUCAAGAAGGCUUCGCUGAAAUCCUCAAACCCCAUUGGCUGAGUGAAAUUUUGACAUGGCAGCAACCUCAAGGGUGUUUCAAAAGCAUUACAAGCACUAGAAUGACAAGAAGCAGCAAUGUUAUUGCAUUUGGUUGUAGUGAUCACAGCACAGGCCUUGGUAGUGGUGUUUUGGCACUUUAUUUGAGAUUUUUAUCGGUUUAA